AUGAAAAUCACAGAGAAGUCUGCAGACGUGGCUGGUAAAUGCAAGAAGUGUGAGUUACAAACAGAAGCAGCAGUUGCCAUGUCAAACUCGUUUGCAGUUUCAGGACUAAAUCAUACUCUCUCAGCUUCAUGCGAUCAUACAUCAGAUUUUGAUACAGAAAAAAAUACUCAUGAACUUCAAGCAGUAUCAGCCUGGAGAAAGAACAGUAGCAAAUUACUUGCACUUGAAACUGGCUUUAAGAAGACAUCUGUGCUCUCUGCAAUAGUAAAAGGAGAAAAUUCAAGCAGUGUGGCAGAUUAUGCAGCUGCCUCAGAUAGCCUGAGAGUGUUAGCUCAGAUCCAUGAUGUUUCUGAUUGUCACAAAAGCAAGGCAGGAGGAAAUUUGAACAAAGUUAAUAAGAAAUUGCAGCAGUUUACGUGUCAAAGAACAAUACCCAUGACUGGUAAAAAAGUUUGGCCUGUUGAAUCUUGUGCCAGGACUUCUGAAUGGUUUCUUAAAAAUCAUAGGUCAGAAGAAAAAAGACUUUUAAAGGCUGCUUUUGAGGAUUCUUCUGAUAACAGCAGUGUUAAAGCUGUAGGAGAUGGUACAGUGAUUGGGAAUGUGAGACAGCUGGAUUUGCAUACAUCACUGGCAGAAAUUACAAAAGAAAUUACGCAUAAAAGGAUUGAUCCAAAUAUUGACUGUCGGGCUUCACUUGAAACAACGGGAUCCUCUUCUGUGGAUAUUUAUGAGACUUUGACAAUGAACAAUGAGAACAGGGAAUCGCCAGUUAAUACGGAUAGAAGUGCCAUGGCUUUUAACCGUGGUGAUAUGCAAGAAGUUAAAGCAACCUUGAAUUUUACAGCAAAACAAAAAGAUGAAGAUGAAGGAGAUGUAACAGAAAGAAGCCUGUCUGUGACAGUCCAGAAUGGUACAAUAAAACAAAAGUAUAAAAAUGAAGGCAAUGUGACAAAUAGAAAUCUGUCUGUAGCAGCCCAGAAUACUACAAUAAAACAAAAGUAUAAAAAUGAAGGUGAUGUGACAAAUAGAAACCUGACUGUGACACUCCAGAGUGGUACAAUACAACAAGAUAAAGAUGAAGAAGUUGUGACAAAUAGAAAUCUGUCUGUGACAGUCCAGAAUGGUAGAAUAAAACAAGAUAAAGAUGAAGAAGUUGUGACAAAUAGAAACCUGUCUGUAACAGUCCAGAAUGACACAACAAAACAAAAGGGUAAAAAUGAAGCAGAGGUGACAAAAAGAAACAUGUCUGGGACAGUCCAGAAUGAUACAACAAAACGAAAGGGUAAAAAUGAAGCAGAGGUGACAAAAAGAAACCUGUCUGGGACAGUCCAGAAUGGUACUUCUACAUGUGACACAAACAGUAUAAACUUCAGCCCUAAAGUAUCAGUAGUGAACCAGAAAUUAUCUGAUUUAAACCUAAUUAAACCAUUAACCUCUGGAAACCUGACAAAAUUCAAAAUUCCUUUAUGCAGAAAGAAAUGUGAAUCCAAGAAACUGGAAUCUGUCUAUUCAUUUGAAAGCAAAACUUGUAGUCCACUAGAGCUUCUUGAAAGCACUAGUCCAGAAAGGCAGAAGACCAGUGAAGAGACUUUCUUGGUAAAAUCUGAGCAGGGUCCUCUUCCUGUGGUGAGUGAUGCUACAUCUCCACCUUCCAUACAGAAAAAAGCAGAUGAGAUCGACAGUAAGGACUUCCAGCAGAAUGGCUCUGUGAAUCUCUCUGAUGAGAUGUCCGUGCUCUCUGAAAGUUUUUCUGCAUAUCCACAUCCUCUUCUUGAUGGACAACCAGAGCCAUCUGUACCUGAUUUCUAUGGUACUGAAUGUGUGCUGAAAUCUAGUUUUCCUGAUCAUUCUUGGAAUGCAGUCAACCACCUUGUUGGAUUAGAAGUAAAUGAUGAUAGAAAAUCAGCACAGAAUUUUUCACAACACAAAAAUCAAAAUUUACCAGAUAUCCUUGAAGCUUACAACCAAGAUGUUCUUGUCAUUGAUGUGAUUCAGGAUGACCCUGACCUUUUUGGAACCAGUAAUGAAGAGGCACUUGCGCCUGCACGCUGUGAAAGUUGUCCAGUGAAAGCGUCCCCUGCAACCGGCAUUAAAGACACAAAGGAGUAUAUUAAGCCUGAGUCUCCCGUUACCUCAGAAAAGAUGUAUUCAGUAGAGAGUAAUUUUAGAUGCAUGCAAGAAUCUGGAAUGUCAAGUGAUACUGAAAAUUCUUGUAAUUUGGUGUUAAAAGCUGAAGAUGUGAACACCCACAAUUCUUCCAGAGGAAGCAGUCCUUCAGGAGAUGUUACUGAGGACUUUCUUAAAGAUAGGCAACAGAGCAAACUAGAUGAACUUUUGACGAGUUUGGACAUGGAUGAAAAGUUCAAGCUUGCAGAUGGAGUGCCUGAUGUUGAAGACGAAAACAAGAGUGAAGCUGAAAAAAGGGUUGCCCAAUCCCGGAUGCAGAAUCUGUCACUUUUCCGUGAUGAACUUCAUAUGGCUUCUCAUUCGGUCCAGCAGAUCCUUGAUGCACUUAACUUGCCCCGUAAAUACUGCAGAUACUAUUUCAUGACUUCACGUGGCUGUGAAAGAACAAAGUGUUGGUUCUCUCAUGUUCCAGGACAAGGGGAUGAAAAGACUUGCAUGGCAAUUCUUAGGACAUACAUUAGUAUCAAAGAAUCAGGCCUCCUAAGACGUGCAGUUCAAAUAUUUGUGCAGUAUUACAAAGAAGUUACUCCUGGUAUGGAUUUUGCUUCUGAAGUGCUGAAUGAUCUUCUUGUUUCAUUACUCAACAACUGUUUGUUGCAGGAAGUAUUCCAAAUAUUGAAUGUAAUUGUACAAAUCAAGAUACUGCCAGCUGUAGAUGUUCUUCUGAAAGUUUUUGAGCAUGUGGCUUCUUUGAAUAUAAGAAAUGCUGUGCCUACAUUAAUCAAUACCUUCUCUAAGCUCAUUGGUGCUGGUAUGUUCCUUGAGUUGGAACACUUUGAUUACAUUAUUAAGUUACUUCAGCAAUUGCAAGUUUCUAGUUGGGAAAUGACUACUGUUUUGAACAUAAAAUCCAGAUUUGAGGAAAGAUAUUUUGAAAAGACAUGGAUUUUUGACUUCAACUUGGCUGUGGCUGAAAUUCAGCACUGCAGGGAAAAAAGGGACUGGACCAAGCUAGGAGCUUUAUAUCUUAAUGCAAGAACUGGAUGUGAACAUUUUGAUGAUCUUCAGAAAUUGUUUGUAUCUAUUGCUGAAAUUCUAGCCAAAGAUUCUGAGACAGACAGACCAGGAGUCCCUUUUUGUGAUUUUGCUGAUGCAGUAGUGAAAAAUCCACACCAUAAUAAAGCAGACAGACUUUUCAUUGGAAGGACUGGGAUAAGCGUAAUGUAUUCGUAUCACAAAGUACUGCAGUGGAUAAAGGGAAGGAAGGUUUUGGAUAAACUGCAUGAGCUACAGAUAGAUUUUACACUCUUGAAAGGACUUGUAGGUGCAGGGAGGUCAGCAUCCAGAUGUCAGAUUGUUACUAAAGCUGCAGAAAUCUUUCUUCAUUCUGGAAAUUUGGAUGGAGCAACAAGGGUAUUGAGAGAGUCAGAGUGGAUCACAGAUGCACCAUUGUGGCCCUGUAAUAAAAUGGACAUCCUCAAUCGACAUAAUCUGUUAUGUGCAAUAGUGCAUAAAUACUUGAGGAAGAGUUUGUACAGGCAGGCAUUUGAAGUUCUGCAGAACUUACCAGGUUUGCAGAAACAUUCUGAUAUUGUAAAUGCUUCUCAAUACAGCUGCCUUUUUAACAAGCUGAUAAAUGCCUGUUUUGAGAACAAGAACCUCGGGGUCUCGUCUUCUGCAGUAGACUUCAUGCUUUCCAAAAAGAUUGCUAUUGAUUUUGCUUUACUUAGAGGAUUAAUCACAGCUUUGGGAAGAAGUUCUUUAUGGUCCAAAGCUAGGACCUAUUACAAAAAUGCUUUAUCACUGGGUUGCUACCCAGAGCUGCAGGGAAAUUUUUAUCACAAAGUUCUGAAGAUUCCAUCAUACCUAUCUGAAGUUGAGAUGCUGUUGACCAUUGAAAUAUUUCUUGUUUCAAAUGCUAGUGAUAUUCAAAGUUCAAGGAUUAUUAGUCAGACUCUUCAAAUAAUACUGAAAAGAUCUGAAGAUACAGUUCAGAAUAACAAUGUCUAUCAUGAGGCAGUGGAGAGGCUGAUCCAGGCAGCUCGUUUAUCUGAUCCUAAGCUUUUUCUUAAGCAUAUGACCAUGAACGUUAAUAUGGAAGAAGUUUACAGCCUGGAGCAUUCAUCUGCUUUAAAAUGGCUUCAAGAGAAUAUGAAAUGGGCUGAGAAGGUCUGGCUGUUUCAGUAG